CAAUGGCAGUGAGGCUGAACUGAUAAACUCGAUAAGCUGGAUCGUUUUCUGCCGGGCGGUACAUUGACACGUUCAGCACGUGACAUAACUGCACUGUCGGCACUUAUGGCUAUCCGGAAUUCGAUGCGGGCUGCAACAAAGCCCAAAAGUGGGUUUUGAACCGCCACAAAGUGAUUUGAGAUUGUCGAAGAACUCUCCUGCUGCCGCACCUUCUCUUUCCUCUGCACCUGUCGCACACCUUCGAUCUUCUAAUAGGAGCUAUCAGAGAAAACGUUUCUCGCGCUCCUCAUUCGUCUCUAAUCCUCACAUCCUUGUUGAAUCCGGCCUAAUACCAGGCGCAGCCCCACCAAAAUGUCGUUAACAAAUUGCCGUUUCUACGAGGAGAAGUACCCGGAGGUCGACAGCUUUGUCAUGGUCAAUGUCAAGCAGAUCGCCGAAAUGGGCGCAUACGUGAAGCUCCUCGAAUAUGACAACAUUGAUGGCAUGAUCUUGCUGUCUGAACUGUCCCGGAGAAGAAUUCGUAGUAUCCAGAAGCUCAUUCGGAUUGGCCGCAAUGAGGUUGUCAUCGUGCUUCGUGUUGACAAGGAGAAGGGUUACAUCGAUCUCUCCAAGCGUCGAGUUUCUCCGGAAGAUGUCGUCAAGUGUGAAGAGAGGUACAACAAGAGCAAGGCGGUUCACUCCAUCAUGCGCCAUGUUGCCGAAGCCACUCAGACUCCCCUUGAGGACUUGUACGAGAAGAUCGGAUGGCCACUGAACCGGAAAUACGGCCAUGCUCACGAUGCCUUCAAGAUCUCCAUCACGAACCCCGACGUGUGGCAGGAUGUGGAAUUCCCCAGCGAAGCUGUCAAGAAGGAGUUGACACAGUACAUCAGCAAGAAGCUGACUCCCUCCCCGACCAAAGUUCGUGCUGAUAUCGAAGUCACCUGCUUCGGCUACGACGGAAUCGACGCCGUCAAGACCGCUCUUCGCACCGCCGAGGCGAACAACACUCCCGAGAACCAGAUCAAGGUCAAGCUGGUCGCUCCUCCCCUGUACGUCCUGACCAGCCAGUGCCUGGAUAAGAACUUGGGUAUCAAGUUGCUCGAGGAGGCCAUCGAGAGAAUCGAUAGCGAGAUCAAGAGAGCCGGGGGUGGCUGUCUCGUCAAGAUGGCACCCAAGGCUGUCACCGAGCACGACGAUGCUGCUCUCCAGGAGCUCAUGGACAAGCGGGAGCGUGAGAACAUGGAAGUCAGCGGCGAUGAGAGCAUGUCUGAAAGCGACGAGGGUGUCCCUGAAUAAAUUCUCCAUGCUGCGCCUCUUUAGUCACGACUCCUUGGGCCAAUGGGCCCUUUGCAAAUGACAAAACCUCCAUUUUUCUUGCAUACGUUGGGAAUUGGGCUGGUGCCACAAGAGAGAGACGGUUGUUUCAGCGUUGGGUCAGAGAAGGGGCAAGAACAAAAGUUUCUGAUAGAAGGGCUUCGGUUAUGACAUGAAUUACGAGACAGAAGACGGGUUUAAUGUGCUCACGAGCGCGAUAGGGCUGAGCAGCAUUCUAUCAAACAAUGGGUUCAGACUGGACUUGGUUUACGCUGAGAACA